UAGGUCCAUUUGAUCUAUGCAUCCUCCUGGACAAAUAGCAAGGAAAUACAGUUCGUGCUGCACUGUUUUCCUUGAUGAUAGCACAGUCAGUCAACCAAACUUCAAGUAUACAAUUAAAUGUGUAGCUCUUGCAAUAUAUUAUCACAUCAAAAACAGGGACCCAGAUGGAAGGAUGCUGUUAGAUAUUUUUGAUGAAAACCUUCACCCUCUUUCGAAAUCUGAAGUGCCACCAGACUGUGACAAACACAACCCAGAGCAGAAGCAGAUUUACCGAUUUGUUUGGACACUGUUCAGUGCUGCUCAGCUGACUGCUGAAUGUGCCAUUGUCACCCUGGUGGUGGUACUGGAGUCUGAACUUGGCCUCAACAGAACCUCUUCUUGCUCGGAUGACUAGGUGAUAAAUCAUCUCAUGCCAAGCUAAUAUUCUGUCCUAUGGGAAGUGUGCUAGGGUGAGGUAGACCCCACCACACCAAAGGUGAGCGAAUCAAGCUGUCUGUUCACAAAAGUGUCAGAGCUCUCCCAUAUAUGUGUGCCAGGACUUGCAGACAGGGAAAGCAGUCUUGAGCUUUCACUAAAGUGCAACUCCUUGAGCUGCACUGCAUCCACAAUAUCACCACUGCUAGAAGCAUUCAUUGAAAAUCUUUUUGAUUGACUGCUCCCACAAUGGCAGGUUUUGGUUCCUCAGUGGGUUUGCAUUUAAACCCCUUGUCCUCAUUGUCUAAACAUAAGAACCCCUAGGCACCAAUUGCCUUCCAAGGAACCCAGUAGACCCACUUGUGAAUUUUUUUUUGCACAUUCCCUUUAUUAAAAAAUAUAUUUUGUUCCUAAAGGUAAAGUCACUCAAAACAUUUACAUUAAUUUAUGGUUUCAAUGUUUGUCCACUCCAUAAUUACUCCUUUUAAUCAUCCUCUCUGAAGCUGACCUUGAUCAUUCUGGAUCACAGCUGAGAAGUACUGCCCACUUUCCAGCUGAAAAAUGUUACUGGAUUAUGGAAGAAAGGUAAAGAAAGCCCCAGUUCCCCAUCCUUGGCUCUUUUAGUGGAGAGAUGGAAGAGAAAGGCAGAAAAAAAUCCAAACUCUUGUGUACUAUUUCCUAACUUCUUUUUCUAGAGUCUUCAGGAUUAACC